UUCAAUUCCCAUACAUGGCUGCUUCUUUUCAUUCCAUCUUGUUAUGCUCUCUGUUUCUGUUUCUCAUCUCUUUCUCAGAUGCAGUAAAGCCCAAAGAGAUGCUCCUGGCAGUGACCAAGGAUGCCAAGACCCUUCAGUAUGUGACCAGCAUCAAAACAAGAACUCCCCUUGUCUCUGUGGAUCUGGUUGUGAAUCUUGGUGGCCAAUACAUCUGGGCCGACUGUGAUUCCGGCUAUGUGUCAUCCACGUACCACCCGGUCCCUUGCGGCUCCAAUAGAUGCAAGCUUGCCAAAGGCGGUAGCUGCACUGGUUGCAAUGGACCUCGUCGGCCUGGAUGCACUAACAACACAUGUGGUGUAGUUGCCGAGAACUACCCCCUCGUUGAUAGUGUCUUGGCGGCAGGGCUUGGUGAGGAUGUUGUUGCUGUACCAUCCACUGAUGGAUCGAAUCCUGGUCAUCUCGCAUUUAUGCGCAGAUUCCCAAUCACCUGUGGAGCUACAUUCCUUUUGCAAGGCCUGGCCAAAGGGGCCAAGGGAAUGCUAGGCCUUGCAAGAACUGAAACAGCAUUGCACAAACAGAUCACAUCUAGUUUUAAGAUUGCUCAUAAGUUCGCUCUUUGUAUGCCAUCUUCAACAACUGCCAUGGGAGUCAUGUUCUUUGGGAAUGGACCUUAUGCCUUCUUACCCAACCAUGUUGAUCUGUCUAAGUCUCUCAUGUACACUCCUCUGCUCAUUAAUCCGGUCAGCACGGCACCAGUGUACACACAGGGUGAACCCUCCGAUGAGUACUUCAUUGGAGUGAAAUCCAUCAAAAUCGAUGGCACAGCCAUCCCCAUGAAAACAUCUUUGUUAUCCUUCGACAAAGAUGGGUAUGGUGGCACCAAGAUCAGCACAAUGACAAAUUAUACCACUCUAGAAACCUCAAUCUAUAAGGCGCUUAUCCAUGCUUUUUCCACAAAGGCAGCUUCAAUGAAGAUCAAGAGAGUGGCAUCUGUGGCUCCCUUUGGAGAUUGCUUCAGCUCAAAGAACAUAGCGAGUACCCGGGUGGGACCAGCUGUGCCCACGAUCGAUCUAGCGUUGCAGAGUGAGGCAGUGUUUUGGAGGAUCUUUGGGGCUAACUCGAUGGUAAGUGUGAAGGAUGGUGUGCUGUGUCUUGGAUUUGUGGAUGGGGGAAAAAGGCCCAGAACUUCAAUUGUAAUUGGAGGGUAUCAGUUGGAGGACAACCUGUUGCAGUUUGAUCUGGUUUCAUCAAAGCUUGGGUUUAGUUCCUCACUGCUGUUUAGCCAGACAAACUGUGGCAAUUUUAACUUCACAUCCAAUGUCUAAGAUGUAUGAGAUUCCAAGCUUCUGUAUUGGGCAAUAACAAAAUGCAGACUUCUUUUAAGAGCUA